AUGAGUAUGCUCAGGCUACAGAAGAGGCUUGCCUCCAGCGUCCUCUGCUGUGGUAAGAAGAAGGUCUGGUUGGACCCCAAUAAGACCAAUGAAAUCAUCAAUGCCAACUCCCAUCAGCAGAUCCAGAAGCUGAUCAAGAACGGGCUGAUCAUCUGGAAGCCUGUGACUGUCCAUUCCCUUGCUCGAUGCCGGAAAAACACUUUGGCACAACGGAAGGGCAGGCACAUGGGCAUAGGGAAGCAUAAGGGUACUGCCAAUGCUCGAAUGCCUGAGAAGGUGACCUGGAUGAGAAGAAUGCAGAUCCUGCGCCGACUUCUCAGAAAAUACCGUGAGUCCAAGAAGAUUGACCGCCAUAUAUAUCACAGCCUGUAUCUGAAGUUCAAGGGGAAUGUCUUCAAAAACAAGCGGAUUCUCAUGGAACACAUCCACAAGUUGAAGGCAGACAAGGCCCGCAUGAAGCUCCUGGCUGACCAGGCUGAGGCUCGCAUGUCUAAGACUAAGGAAACCCGAAAGCGCCGGGAGGGGCAUCUCCAGGCCAAGAAGGAGGAGAUCAUCAAGACUCUGUCCAAGGAGGAAGAAACCAAGAAAUAA